AUGGGCGCUGUGGCGAAGAUUUGCGACCAGUGGGACGUCAACCAUCUCUUCAUCCUGAACGUGGAUCCCCGAUGCCGCGUGACUCCGGAAUUCUUCUUCGCCCGUGCAGCCACGCUGACGACGGUUUGGAUUUUGAUUUUCGGAAUGUAUGUCGUGGACUACAAGUGGAAAGUUCUGCCGACGGUCUGGGCUAGCGAUGGCUUCAACAAACGAUCUUCCUUCCACUUCGUGUUUUAUCCGCUGAUUCUGCUGCUGCUCGCUGUAAUCGGCACGCUGGCACCAUCCACUAUCUGCCGGAAUCGGUACAAGGUCUCCGUGCUCCAAUCGGUCAGACGAACGUGCUUAGCCCCAGUUUAUUCUGUUGACUUUGCGGACAACAUGGUCGGCGAUGUCCUGACCAGCAUCGCGAAGCCGAUCGAGGAUGUCCCGGCAGCUGUGUGCUACUUGCUCUCGCACCACCCACAGGAGGAAGAGGUCGUCCAGCGCUUCAUUCAGAAUGGCGACAGCUGCAGUGCCGGAACACAUCGCUGGGUGGUGCCCUUCCUGGCGGCCCUACCGUUCUGGUUCCGUGCUCUCCAGUGCUGCCGGCGAUGGGUGGAUACCAAGGAGCAAAGACACUUGUGGAAUCUUGGGAAAUACCUUUGCAGCCUUAUGGUUGUCAUCGUCUCGCGCACGGAGAGCACGAUGCUGCUGGUUGCUGUCUCCACGACAGCCACACUGUACGCAUUCAUUUGGGACGUUGGCCUCGACUGGGGUCUCAGCCACAAAGAGCUUUGGCUCAGGUCCGACUUGACUGGCCGACAGUUUCCGGUCAAGGCCUACUGGCUUUGCAGCUUGUUGGACAUCUUCGCCAGAUCUACAUGGGUGUUCACACUGAUGCCCACGAGCGUAGUCACAGGUAACAUCGUGGUUCGUGUGAUCCUUGUGUCUGUGAUGUCGUCGAUUGAGAUUAUCCGACGGAGCAUGUGGGCAGUGCUGCGCAUCGAGUACGAGCAAGUCAGCAAUGCCAGUGGCUUCCGCGCUUUGCUCUGGGUGCCCUCCAAGCUGAAUGCGGGCAGUGCGCAGCAGGUGCAACCAGAGAGGAAAACCUCAUUAUCUGUUGGACCAUCCCACCGCUACUCUCCUCGAAGCACAGCGAGUGAUUCUGCCAUUCACAGGAGAUGUGAGGAAUGCCAUCGUCUUGGCAUUUGA